GGGAGGAUUCAGACACGCGCUUUCUCCUCCCCUCAUGUUCACUCCUCCCCUCCAACUGUCUCUGCACUUUCAGUCAUUCAUUGCGCCUCCACUGGACUCGUCUCGCACGCUGCUUUCCUCCUGUGGCAGUUUGGACGAUGUUUGCGUGCAGAGCAGCCUGGCACAGGUGUGGGCCUCUGGCGCGACAGUCCCUGUACCGCGCUCGGCUCAAUAGAGAUGUAGUUCCACGGAGGCUCAUGUCGUCAGUUCCUGGUGGCUCCGGUGAGAAUUUCCUUUAUGUCGUCCUCUGCGGUGGAGCCUUCGCCGGUGCCGUGGCAUAUGCUUACAGAACAGUUGCAACAGACCACGCACGUUUUGUUGAUCGUGUUUCUGAAAUUGAUGCUCGUCCCAAGUCUGACUGGAAACCCAAACCAUCGCCACCCAAGAGUGAGGAGAAUGGCAAUGAAGAAGCUAGUGCAGAGGAAGGAGAGGUGGCAGAAACUGUAGAGAGCACAGCCGAGGAGGAUGUUCCUGCUGAGGCACCUGAGGUCUUGCUGGAAACAGCCGAGGCCACCAGAGGGAAGGUGGGAACUCUCGAGACCGUUGUGGAAAAGGUUGCCGAGACGGUUGCAGAGACUGCAGAGGUGGUUGCUGAGGUGGCGGGGGUUCUUCAUGAAACCACAGAGGAGGUGGCAGCAGUGGCAGAAGAAGUGCAGAAGGUAGCAGAGGAAGUAGAAGCAGCAGCAGAGGCUGUCGUAACUCCUGUUAUCCAAGCUGAAGAGCCGGCGUCAGAGAGCAACGGGUUGGUUAGCACACCAGCAGCAGAAACAGUAAAACUGGCUGCUGCCUCCGUGAUCGAGGCUGUUCCUGUGGAGUCUGUAUCCGUGGAAGAUGUGUCAGUUGAAGCUCUACCAGAGAUGCCCACUGAGGUUCCUACAACAGAUCAUUUGGAAAAUGUACCAGUAACAGAGAUGGCACCUGUUGCUCCAGUGAUGGAGGAGGAACCAGCUUCUCUAGUAGCAGAAGAAGUAGCAGAGGCACCAGAUGCCACUGUAAUAGAAGAGCCUCCUGUAGCAGAGCAAUUGUCCAUUCCUCCAGUGACAGAAGUAAUAUCAGUUUCCCCUGUUGUAGAUGAGCCUGUUGCUAGAGUGGUAGAAGAGUCUCCAGUAGCAGAGGAGACACCAGUUGAUUCAGCAGCAGCAGAAGUAUUUGUUGCUCCAGUGAUUGAAGCAGCACUAGUUUCCCCAGUUGUAGAAGAACCAGCUGUUGCAGCGGUGGUAGAAGUGGCUCCAGUUGUAAAGGAGACACCAGUUGAUUCUCCAGUAUCCUCAGAAGAAGCAUCUGAUGUCCCUGUGAUAGAAGAGGAAGUUUUAGUUGCCCCAGUGACAGAAGAGACAUCUAUUGCCCCAGAAGCAGAGGAGGUAUCAGUUGCCCCAGUGAUAGAAGAGAUGCCUGUUGCCCCUGUGACAGAAGAGGCAGCCGUUUUCUUUGUAACUGAAGGCGCACCUGUUGUAGCAACUGAAGAACUUGAGGAAACACUUGCAGCCAAAGUAGCAGAAGAGGAUAUUUCAGUGGUUGAGGAAGUGAAGGCAGAAGAGGUGAUUGCAGAAAGUGCAGUUGUGGAGGCUCCAGUAAGUAUAGUUGAGGAACAAGCAGCAAGUCCAGUUGUGGAAGUUACAGAAAGUGUUGUUGAACCAGAUGUUGCAAGCAUAGUGGUCACUGAGGAAGUUGCUCCAGCUGAAACGUCAAGUGCACCUUUGGAAGAGCCCAAACGACACUACAUACUGGUUGUCUUGGAGGGAGCUCCCAAAACAGAAAAGAAGCCAAUGGUGCUCGGUGUAUCACCCGUGACUGGCAAGAUCAUCCCAGCCCCUGAUGAUGGUGAAGAGCCAUCGGGACAGGGCAAGCACCGUAUGCUUAAAGUGCAGAUGUAUUAACACCAACUAAAAAAGUUGGGAGCAGUCAGAUGUCCUGGGAUAGUAAACCGGUUCCCUGAUAAACAAUUAGUGAUGUGCCUUCCCCAUUUCCUUGAGCCCCUGGAUUUCAGUAAUCCUUACACUGGGCCCAGAAUGCAGUUUCCUUCCGACUCAGCUCAAAAUAAUACUCUAUUUCCACUGACAUGCUCUCCACUGGAGAGUGGUUACUUCAUGUGAACAUUCACUUCACUCUGAUGUGAGACAAAAGUUUCUUGAAAAUUAUAAUAUGCAUGAAAAGCUGUGACCUAUAUUUAUAGCCUUUUUAAAUGGAACGCCACUCUUUUUGACUCAACUGCACAUUGGAGCCUGUACUAUAGUGAACCCUGCCUCAAACAUCACAUUAUAGGACAUGUCUUGGAAUUGGCAUGUCAAUAGCUGCAACCAGCAGGGCUACAAAUUUGCCACAAACACUGUCAUACCUGCAUGCUGGCCAUCAGUUUUCUGGUUCUCCUCUGUCUUCAAUCUAUUUUUCAUUUGCAUUAUUUAUGAAUUAGCACUAUUAUUAUUUUUUGUACCUCUCUACCUCAGCUUGAAAAGACAGUGUUCUCCUUUUUCUAGUAACCAGUAUUAUAGUAACCAGCUGGCAUUACCAAUGGGACAUGACUAGGUCAAAAAACAACUGACAAACCGAUUACCUUUACCAAUAUAGUCAAUACAACAAUAAGCCAUGUUACAAGUCACAUUCCAGUAUUCAUUUCUAAAGCGAGUCUCUACAAUGUUAUCCAAAAGGCAGACCCCACUGCUGCACUCCUUUGCCUUUGUUUUGCUGUUCUCUCUUCUCUUGUGAUUAUAAAACUUGUUUGGCAAAUACAUAAAUAAAUUCCUUUGCUUGAUGUGGCAAAAACAAGGUCCCCAAAUCUGUUACGCUAACGUUACACUCUCGCUGAUACUACAGUUUUGAUGCUCAUAUGAUUUGAGAUUUUAGACUGGUAGACAGGCAUAUGUGGAUCCACAAAGGAAAUUAAGGUCAGAUAAAUAAAAAUAAUAAUAAUAAAAUGUAAAAAAAAAAAAAAAAAGACCUAACAAUUUUGUCUCUUUAUUUCCUUCAUAUUUCAAAAGGGACCUUAUAAGUGUU